AUGAAUAUUGGGCACAGUGUGAACCUUAAUAACUACCAAGUGGUCUCAGAUGGCGCUGAUGCACCGUGCUCCGAAGGCAGCUGGUCCCCGGGCACGGUGCGCUCUCUGCGGCCCCCGGUGGAGCCAGCGGAUUACAAACUCCAGUUAAGUGGCGCACCGUCCUCCUCCUCCUCCUCCUCCUCAUCCUCCUCUUCAUCUUGCAUCCUCACCGCCCUGUGGGGAUUGGAAAGCAGCAACUUGUGUGAUUGUGUGUUCAGCAUGAGUAACAUCUAUGAGUCUGCAGAGGCCACGCUGGGCUUCAUCAGCUCCCCGUGCCUGGCCAAAGUGGAGCUGAGAGUGGCCUGCCGGGGGAUCUCGGACCGCGACGCUCUCUCCAAACCCGACCCAUGCGUGGUGCUGAAGAUGCAGUCGCACGGGCAGUGGUUUGAGGUGGACCGUACAGAGGUGAUUCGCAGCAGUAGCAGCCCAGUCUUCUCCAAGAUCUUCCUGGUGGAUUACUACUUUGAGGAGGUCCAGAGGCUCCGCUUUGAACUUCAUGACAUCAGCUCUGGCAACAAUGGCCUCCGCGACGCUGACUUUCUGGGAGCCAUGGAGUGCACCUUAGGACAGAUCGUCUCUCAGAGGAAACUGACCAAAGCUCUACUCAAACAGGGAAACACUGCUGGGAAGUCCUCCAUAACUGUGACAGCAGAGGAGUUGUCUGGUAACGACGAUUACGUUGAACUCUCCUUCAGCGCUCGUAAGCUAGACGACAAGGAUUUCUUCAGCAAGUCAGACCCUUUUCUGGAGAUUUUUAGAAUAAAUGAUGACGGGACCGAGUCGCUGGUACACAGAACUGAGACGAUCAUGAACAAUCUGAGCCCAGUUUGGAAAUCAUUCAAAGUCUCCUUUAACACACUCUGCAGUGGUGACCACGAUAGGGAGCUAAAGUGCACAGUCUGGGACUGGGACUCUAAUGGAAAACACGACUUUAUUGGGGAGUUUCAGACCACCUUUAAGGAGAUGAGAACAGAGCAGGAGGGCAAACAGCUUCAGUGGGAGUGCAUCAACCCUAAAUACCAGAUGAAGAAGAAGAAUUACAGAAACUCUGGCGUUGUCAUUCUCAACCACUGCAAGAUCAUCAAAAUGUAUUCCUUCCUGGAUUACAUCAUGGGAGGCUGCCAAAUCCAGUUCACAGUGGCAAUAGACUUCACAGCAUCCAACGGGGAUCCCAGAAACAGCUGCUCCCUCCACUACAUCCACCCCUACCAGCCCAACGAGUACCUCAAAGCACUGGUGGCUGUAGGAGAGAUCUGCCAAGACUAUGACAGUGAUAAAAUGUUCCCUGCGUUUGGUUUUGGAGCACUGAUACCACCUGACUUCAAGGUUUCACAUGAUUUCGCCGUGAACUUUGAUGAGGACAAUCCUGAAUGUGCUGGGAUCCAAGGCGUGGUUGAGGCCUACCAGAAUUGCCUCCCUAAGAUCCAGCUCUACGGGCCCACCAACAUCGCCCCAAUCAUUCAAAAAGUUGCUUCGUCUGCCUCAGAGGAGAUGCACACCAAAGAGGCCAUGGAAUACUUCAUCCUGCUGAUCCUGACAGACGGCGUCAUCACCGACAUGGCGGACACGCGGGAGGCCAUUGUGCAUGCGUCCCACCUGCCCAUGUCGGUCAUCAUCGUCGGUGUGGGCAACGCAGACUUCACAGACAUGCAGAUUUUGGACGGGGACGACGGGAUCCUGCGCUCACCAAAGGGCGAGCCCGUCCUCCGCGACAUCGUUCAGUUCGUCCCCUUCAAGGACUUCAAACACGCCUCACCAGCCGCACUGGCUAAGAGUGUUUUGGCAGAAGUCCCCAACCAGGUGGUGGAUUACUACAACGCAAAAGGCAUCAAACCCAAGUGUAUGUCGGACUAUGAGUCCACAAGAACCUUCAGCCCCUGACAAUGGACUACAUGCAAACAUACACUCAAAUACACACAUAUAUCAUGUAUAUAUAUAUAUAUACAUAUAUAAACGUAUGUACUGUAUGAUACAUAUACACAUGUAAAAGCACAAA